AGAUUUUGAUUCUCCACAUUCCAAUGUUGCGAAGGCGGAAGACAAGAAAACCCCGUGCUCUACUGGUUUUAGAUAAAAACGAAAGAUAUGGAUCAUCCUGUGGUUAGUAUUGACUUGAUAAUAGCUCAUUAUUCAUUUCAUUCACUACGUUAUCAAUUUACUUGCUUUGCUACACAUUUAGCUACAUAACUACUAUUUUCACAGAUGAGGAGAAUGAGGGUCCCCGAGCAGUCUGUGGAUCCUGAAAGUAACCCAGAUGCCUCAUACCCAGACACUGCACCUGCUGCAAGCUGUGAAAGUGAAAAGGGAGUCCAGGCAUCUGUUGAUGAAUCACCAGUGAACAACCUUUUGAAAUGGAUAGAAGCAUUAGAGCAAGAACGUGACUUUCUUAAGCACACUCUUGCAUCCAUCUGUGGCAAAGAAAAGAAAAAGAAGAUGAAGAAGAAGAAGAAGAAGGACACUAGUAGUGAGAGUGAUGAGUUAAACUCUUCGUCCUCUUCAUCAUCUUCCUCCCUCCCUUCAUCUUCAUCGGAAGAUGAAAGAUGCAGCAAAAAAAAAUCAAAAAAGAAGAUAACCCAAAAGAACAGGUCAAGAUCUGCAUUCUAUAGUUCUACAGUAAGAGCCAAGUGUCCAGAUGAUGUUCUCAAGAGAUACAAAAAAGUUCUCCGUGCGUUUAAAAAGGAAGGAAGCAUGACAAGAGCAUUCAUAAAGGUCGGAGUGGACAGAAACACCCUUGCCCUCACUGCAGUUGUGGCUGAGAUUCAAAUUAUCAGCCCAGAAUUUUAUCGCUCCAUCCCUCAGUUCCAGCCUCAGCAAGAGAAGCUUUUUGAUUUUGCCCCGAGGUGCUCAGAGGCCUUGACAACUGAGAUGAAAGCCUCUAUUACCUCAGGAAAAAAGAGUGGGAAACUCCUGCCAAUUAAAUACAAGUUUCGCUAAAAAUAUUUUUAUUAUAUUUCUAGUUUAGUUUGAUUGUUUUUUUUUUGUUUUUUUGAUGAGGUAUUUUAGGCCUUUUAUUUAAAAGUUUGCUGUAUUAAAAUAUAUAUAAAGAAAAGUGUUCAAGAUAAGUGGAAUCUUUUGUGACCUGAGAAUAGGUUUUUGUUUUUUUUUGUA